AUGGCCUUACUUACAUGGAGAAGGAAAAGUAAUAUGAAUUCAGGGAAAAGCAUCCAGGUUAUAAAGGGAAGGAUUCAGGAGCUUAAGGAUAGCAACAGCACAGGAAAAAAGGGUCAGCUGGUAGAUCUAAAGUUGCAACUGAGCAAGGCAUAUCGAGAGGAGGAAUUAUACUGGAGUCAAAAGGCUAGGACAAGGUGGUUGAAGGAAGGAGAUAAAAACACAGCUUUCUUCCACGCGAGUGUGAUGAAGGCUAGGAAACAAAGACAGAUUACAUGUCUACAAAAGGAUAAUGGUCAAUGGUGCACAAAUGAGCAGGAAGUUCACGAAGAAAUUUGUGGAUAUUACAAACAAUUGUUCACUUCUGGAGGAACAGACCAGUUAGAAGAAACACUUCAGGGAGUUCCCAAUACUAUAACAAGACAGAUGAACGAGCAUCUGAUCCGACCUAUUGGGGAACAAGAGAUAUACAAAGCUUUGUUUUCCAUGCAUCAGAACAAAUCACCCGGGAUAGAUGGUAUGUCCCCUCUCUUUUUCCAAAAUUACUGGAACAUAGUGGGUAGCAAUGUGGUGAAUGCUGUUUCGAGUUAUUUUUACUCUUGUAAUAUGCUUAAGUCAGCUUUAGUGAAAGUUGUCUUAAGUGCAUUAGCGAGUCCCAGUCAGCUUUUGUGCCAGGAAGACAAAUUGUGGAUAAUGUUCUCAUUGCUCAUGAAGUGGAUUAUGGCUUGCAUUUCUUCUGUGUCUUAUUCUUUCAACCUAAAUGGAACCAAAGUGGGUUAUGUUAAUGCUAAUAGAGAUGAUUCACUGAUUUGCUGUAAGGCAAUGGUACAGGAGGCUAAGCAAGUGAAAGAAAUGUUACAAAGAUAUGCGAUAGCUUCUGGACAGCUUGUAAACUUUGACAAAUCUGCUGUUUUCUUUAGCAGGAAUAUUUCGAGGACAAGAAGAGAGACCAUCUGUCAAGAGUUGGGGAGCUUAAAGGAGACAACAAAUGGGAGAUAUCUGGGGCUACCAAUGGCAAUAGGUAGAACAAAGAAUCAAGUGUUUGGCUAUAUUAAAUGUGCUGUCAUCAAGAAGCUGAAAGGUUGGACAACCAAAAUGCUGAGUUUGGCAGGAAAAGAAGUGCUCAUAAAGUCAGUAAUACUUGCGAUGUCAAACUAUGCAAUGGCCUGUUUCAAAUUACCUAAAGGACUGUGCGAUGAUAUCUGCAAGAGCAUAGCUAACUUUUGGUGGGGAAAUAAUGAACAGGAGAAGAAACUCCACUGGAUUAGCUGGUCGAAACUAGCUGAAGUGAAAGGAAAUGGGGGGAUGGGAUUCAGGGACUUGGAAUUUUUUAACAAAGCGUUACUUGCUAAGCAACUAUGGAGAAUCAUUAGCUCUCCAAAUCUGCUUGUGAGUAAAGUGCUUAGAAGCAAGUAUUUAAAAGAUCUUAAGUCCCUGGAUAAGCAUCCUCCAAUUUCAGCUUCCUGGUCAUGGAAAAACAUACAUAGUGCGUGGAGCUUGCUGGAAGAUGGACUGUGGAAGAGAAUAGGGGAUGGAACACAGGUGAAUAUUUGGAAGGACAGAUGGAUUUUGGAAUCUGAGACAGGUAGGCCUGCAACACCAAGUCCCGCAAAUUGCCACCUCCAAACGGUCAGCCAGUUAAUUCGCAAUGGAAGAUGGAAUGGUGAAAUAUUGCAGAAUGUCUUCAACAAUGUAGAUAGAGAGCGAAUAAUAAGCAUGCCUCUUAGCAUGUUCAAGCGACCUGACAGGUUCUUUUGGAAAUUUGCUAAAUCUGGAAUCUAUAUAGUAAAGUCAGGAUAUAGAAAGGCUAUGCAGGAUAACAAAAGAAGCAAAAGAAGACAAAGGCUGGAAGAGGAGACGAGUUGGGAGCUGAGGAAACAUUCUGUCUGGAAACAACUUUGA